AUGAACCAUGAAUGGAAUCAGCCUGAAAUAUUCAAAGGUCGUCUCAAGAGCUACCAACUCAAGGGAAUGAAUUGGUUAGCCAACUUGUAUGAUCAGGGCAUCAAUGGUAUUUUGGCUGAUGAGAUGGGACUUGGCAAGACUGUACAGAGUAUUGCCUUUCUAGCUCAUUUGUCUGAGAGCCAUGGUAUUUGGGGUCCAUUCCUUAUAAUAGCCCCUGCUUCAACUCUGCAUAACUGGCAACAAGAAGUCACUAGAUUUGUGCCAGAUUUCAAAGUGAUUCCAUAUUGGGGGAGUACACAGGACAGAAAGGUGCUGAGGAAAUUUUGGAGUGGAUCAAACAAGGAAUCAGCAUUUCAUGUGGUCAUAACAAGUUAUCAGUUGGUUGUGCAAGACUCAAAGUACUUUCAACAAAUAAACUGGCACUACAUGAUUCUAGAUGAAGCUCAGGCUAUCAAAAGCUCCAACAGUUCUCGAUGGAAGAGUUUGUUGGUCUUCAAAUGUCGCAACAGACUACUCUUAACAGGCACUCCUAUACAAAACAGCAUGGCCGAGUUGUGGUCUCUGCUGCACUUCAUCAUGCCAACUUUGUUUGAUUCUCAUGAAGAGUUCAAUGAAUGGUUUUCAAAAGACAUUGAGAGUCACGUGGAGAAGCAGUCGUCGCUUGACACAACUCAGCUAAGCCGACUCCAUAUGAUUUUGAAGCCAUUUAUGUUGAGAAGAGUGAAGAAGGAUGUAGAAAAUGAACUAUCAGACAAGAUUGAGAUAAAGUUGGCAUGUCCGUUGACGAACAGACAGAAGUUGCUAUACAGAGCAAUAAAGAACAAGAUAUCAAUUGAUGAUCUUCUCCAGUCCUCCUCCUCAUCUUCGCUACCUUCAUCUGGAACAUUGGCCAGUAAUCUCAUGAACAUUGUUAUGCAACUGAGAAAAGUGUGCAAUCACCCAGAACUGUUUGAAAGACGAGAGGUGAAAUCUCCACUCUUCAUUUGCAUUCCAGCCUACCAAAUGCCCAAACUUAUGUACAGGGAGGCUUAUGCUGAGUCAUUGUCAAGUAACAAAGACUGGCUGAAGAAGAAGAUGACUAUUUUUGAUUGCCUUCACAUUCAUAGGUCACUUUUUAACAAAUCAAAAGAUAAACAUGUAAGGAGCUGCUUUUCAUUCACGAGGUUCAUGAACAUGUCACCUGCAGAUCUAACAGCUUUACAUAGGAUGGGCUUCUUUGCCAGGUGGCACCACUAUUUGCUUCUAUUGAAAAUACAUUCGGUUUUGCACUAUCGAAGAUUCAUCUUUCCUAAUGCUUCAUCAUCGUCUUCAUUGUUCUUCAUUGAAUUGAACAUGGCGACGUCUUCAGCUUCACUUCAGUUCUCGCCACAUCUUCUCAAUCUUUGUUUCACGUCCCCCAUCAAUUCCAUCUACGCACACUGUGAUAACGUCAUCCACUUCACCAGGGAAACACCCGAACAUCGCAAAUGUUCGUAUAAUUUCCAAAAGGUUUUGAGCACUGGCUCUCAAACCUGGUAUGCUGUUGAUCGAUCGUCACAGUAUCACCAGAUGAGGAAUGUGGAUGCUUGCUACAAUCGACAGCAAUAUAACAUCUUAUGGAAUGGCCUGCCACAACUUAGCUCUGAAUUUCUAAAUGACAUCUUUGUUAACACCUCUGCUCCUGGCGGUUUGAUGGGAUCGACACCUCAACCUCAAGGAUACUCCAAAAUAUCCAUACCAAGUAAAGAAACUUUGAUAAGAGAUGCCGGCAAGUUGCAGGUUCUAGAUAAACUGCUGACAGAACUAAAGAUGAACAACCACAGAGUUUUAAUAUACUCACAAAUGACUCGGAUGAUCGACUUACUCGAGGAAUUUCUCUGGCACAGACGUCACACCUACAUCCGAUUGGAUGGAUCGUCGAAGAUAUCAGAAAGACGAGACAUGGUGGCUGACUUUCAAUCUCGGGAGGACAUCUUUGCAUUUUUGUUGAGCACAAGAGCUGGCGGAUUGGGUAUCAAUUUGACAGCUGCCGAUACUGUGAUAUUUUACGACAGUGAUUGGAACCCGACGGUGGACCAACAAGCCAUGGACAGGGCACAUCGGUUGGGUCAAACAAAACAGGUCACAGUGUACAGGCUGAUCUGUGAAGGCACCAUCGAGGAGAGGAUUCUACAAAGAGCUCUUGAAAAGAGUGAGAUUCAAAGGAUGGUUAUAAGUGGUGGGAAUUUUGCACCAGAUGUGCUGAAACCAAAAGAAGUUGUAACGUUGCUACUGGAUGAUGACGACAUGGACAGGCAAUCCAGGUGUGGUGGUAUGACGAAGGAAGGCAGUAGCAAUUCCUCGCACUCUUCAAUCAACAGUCUUCAACAACAGAAAAAAAGGACGAGAGGCAGACCAGGGAGGCCCAAGAAAAUAAUCCCCCCAAACGAAGUAUCCGUCGUUGGCAGAAGUGAUAAGGAGGGUGAAGGAGACAACAAAAUUAAAUCCAAUAAAAUUAAAAAGGCUGCUAACAUUUCAGUGGCACAUGCACCGAGAUCGACAAAUGCAACUCCACAAUUAACGGACGAUACCUCUAUGAUGAGUGCCAGUUCAUUUGUUUCCAUGCCAGCAAGUCCUCGUAGCGAGAUUUCGUGCACAAGUUUUGACAUACCACAAUCUGAAAGUGUCAUUGAAGAAGAGAGCUCUGACUCAACAAUGUUGGUUGUCGACGAUCCUCACCAGUUACCUUAUACUACACUCACAUCUGUUAAUCCUCCUUUAAAGAAGCGGGGCCGACCGAAAGGCUCGGUGCUCUCGCGUCCUCGAGGUCGCACCGGCAUACAAAGGUCCUUAUGUGCCGCUGAACUGGCUGCCGUUCAGGCUGCUAAAAAAGCAACGUUUGCUGCUCAUGGCUAUACUUACACUGCAGAUAUUCCUCCAUCGUUUUUAUCGAAACCGACAACCAACAACAACAUUAGCACUAACCAUUUGAACAUCUGAAAUUAUUAGAAUCGAUUAGCUGAUUUUUACAAUGAAUUCCCUGUUUUAUUUUAGUCAAAAAAGCUCAACUGGUGUUAUUUUAUCAAAUUUAUAUAUUUGAACUGAAUUCAGUGCAUGCACGCCUGCAUAUACUGUAGCGAUUUCCAAUUUUAUUGUUUUAUAGGCGUCAUUUUACCGUUAUUAUGAAAAAAGCAGCUUGUUUAAUGUUUGAAUUUGUUUUUAAAUCUAGAUGUACAGAACGUUUAAUUAAAUUGACUCGUGAAUUUGCGCUUAUUUGCACACAUUAACUUUUUUGAUACGAUAAAAAAUGUAAUA